AUGGCGGAGGGCAGUGAGGAGGAGCAAGACAAGCUUGUGGUGAAGCUGAAUGAGCAUCCAUCGCUGGUUGGGGCUCAGGAGGCCCUCAAGGCGGAGCUGUCCCGUAAGAAGGAGGAUCUGCGCGAUAGGGUCCGGGAGAAACAGGUGCUCCUCGCCAGCGCCACCAGGCGAAGAGAGGAAGUGGGCGUGCAGCUCUAUGGCUUGCAGAAGACUCUGGCCAGCAUCCACAUUGCUGUGACCAAGACCGAGGACGUGCUUGCUUCCCGGGUGGAAGAGCAGGAAAAGGCCAAGGCACAACUGCUGGAUGCUCAAGUCUCAUACAAGGACAGAUGGAGCGAGAUGAACGCCAUGCAAGACAAGCUCGAGGCGUGCCACAUCGACCUGGACAACCUGGCCUCGACGCUCAAGCAGGUGGACAGCUACAACGACAAGCUCAAGAGCGACAUCGCCGUCAGCCGGCGGGCCACAUACGCCAUGGAGGAGAUCAUCUCCAAAGCCGAGAAAGGCAAAAAGGACCAAGACUUUUACAUUGCCGUCCAGCAGGAGCGGUUGAGGCGCUACUACCAGAGGCAGGCCCUGUGCAGGGCCCAGUUCGAAGCUCAGCAGCGAGAGACCAAGAUGGCUGUGGCGGCGCUGUCGGAAUUUGGAAUUGAGAUGGAGAGUAUCAAUACAGAGAAGAAACAGCUGACCGACCAGUGGAAGUCGGCACUGAUUGUGUUGGGACGCUGCGACGAGGCCCUGCAGGCCUUGGUGGAUGCUGCAGGCAAGCAAAGAGAGCAAGACCUGUCCAUACAGGGAGAGAAACACCGGUACCGCAAGGACAUAAGGCUGGAGCGUGACAAGGGCGAUACCAAGCUGGCGCUGCUCAAGAAGUAUGGCUCGCAGAUCAAGCAUCUCAACAAGCGGAUCACCAAAGUCGCUGCUAAGCGCAACACCGUGCUGCAAAAGUACGCAGCCAUGAUGCUGACAAUGGAAGAGACGGAGAGGAACGAGGUCAAGGUGAAGGAGGAAAGGGAUGUCCUCGAGCAAGACUACAAGGUGAUUGAAAAGGCUUACCUCAAGCAGUGCCAGACAAUCAAUGACCUCGAGACGAAGAUGCUGGUGGGGCUCAGCGAGCAAAUCACGCUCGAGAGGUCGGCCCAACAAGUCGUCCAAGGAACGCUGCAGCUCCGGCAGGAGAUCAGGCACGAGCACAUGAUUGCGACGGAGAUCGAGUACGAGCUCGCACGGAUCCGGGUGGACACGUUGACCGUGCAAAGCUAUAACCAAACCAUUAGCGAUGCGCUGGCCUCGCUAGACGAGGAGGUGCAGCAAAAGAUGUCGCUCAUCUCCAAGAUGCAAGCCGAAACCCGGCAGCGGCACAGCGAGAUCGAUGUCAAGACCAAAGAGAUUGACAAGCUUAACAAGCAGUACGACAAACUCACUGCCAACUUGGUGGACAAGAGCGCAACCCCCUUUGAAAACAUUGUUGCAAAUAUCCGCUACGAGAUUGCCGUCAAGAUACGGGCCUCGUCCGAACUGCAAAAGCAGUGGCUGGGGAUCCAAACGGAGCUUGUCAGCAUCACCACCGAGAACCAUGCCCUGGCGCAGAAAGGCCGGAAGCUGGACAAGGAUCGCAUUACCCUGGAGCAACGCAAGUUAAGGCUGGAAAAGGACCUAGGAACUCUCACAAAGUACAUCAAGGAUGUCGACAAGAAUGUCCAGAUGAAGCACGGCAUUGUCACCAAGUAUGUCGUCGCCACUCUCAAGGACCUCAUAUUACUCUACUCCACUUGUUUUCCUCAGGCUCAACGAGCUCUUAGCGAAAAACGCCAGCAUGAAGGAAAUGUUGACCAAGGAGAACCUCCUGCUCAAAAAUAG